AACAUUGCUUUAGUUUUGUUUUUAAUAUAAUUUUAGAUCAUUACUAUUUUCUUCACUCAACAAGAUAACGACCAGUUGUAACUCUAAAACAAGAAAACUACGAUUAAUUGCCUGAUAUAGGAUAUUUGCAGAUAUAAAAACGAUAAAUAUAAUAAUAUAAUAAUAAUGAUGCUGCUACGGUCUGGAUUCUGAUAAGUUUCACAUUUAUUAUGUAGAUGUAGAAUCUACAAUCUGAUCUAGAUCUAAAUACUGGCGUGGAUAGCAGAUGAUGAUUGCAAUAUUUCUUUUUUAAAACGUUUAUCAGGCAUUUCUGAAGCGCUGCUCAAAAACAAGAUCUAGAUCUAGAGAUCUAAUCUAGCCCUAGUCUAUAUAGGUCUAGAGUCUAGACUAGAUUUCAGACAUGGCAAAUAAAGCUAAACAAGUAGAAGUAACUUCUGCGAGAAUUCGAUUGGAUGCCACUUUGCAACAUUUAGUAGACAAAAAGGAUGAGAGUCAUGAAACAAGUGAAGGGGAAUCUAAUACAUCAGUUGUGGAACCACCAAGUGUCAAGACUAUACCUUCCUUAAAGAAAUCAGCUACAAAACCAAGCAAGAAACGAAAAAGAAGAGAUAAUGCUGGUGAUGUUGAUAGUGCUGAUGAACAUCAAACUGUAAUUAUGAAGUUGUUUGAUCGCAGUGUUGAUCUUGCUUUGUUUCCUGAAGACACUCCCCUGUAUCCAGUAUGUCGAGCUUGGAUACAGAAUCGACCACUAGAUAAAAGCUUAGGAACAUUAAAAGAGAGGCCAGCAACGCCUAAACAGGAAGAGGAUUCGAUGAAUGAUUUCUACCCAUUUGUUUAUGAAAUGCCUCUUCCAAUGAAAUCAGAAGAUGGGUGUCUAUAUGAUUUAAGAGUUCCUGAACCAUUGCCACAGACAGAUGAAAAGCUAGAUAUCCAUGCUCAUCCCAAAACCUACCCAGCAGGUGAUCAGUUGUUACUAAGCAAUCUGGCUCGGUGGAAAGAAAUUAGAAAUAGAUGGCGUGAGGCAAGCAUAAUGAAUGAAAUGCAGUAUGUGGGAAGUAUGAACUUGUUGAAGGAAAUGUUUGAUAGAAGUGUUGAGAAUUGAAUAUUGCCAUCUCAGCAUUAUCAUUGUAUAGAAGCCUCGCUGUAAAUAAAAUGAAAUGUAUAAUAAAUGGUGGUCAUUUCACUUUAGUAGUGGAACUAGUUGAGAAAACAACUGUCCCUUUGUUCAUCUUUAGGUAACCUCAGCCUGGUUUAUAAAUCUCUUUUCUUUUCUCUAUUCAAAUGAAAACAGCUCAAUUAAACUUCAGUAGUGCAUUUUGGUUUUUGAGAAAAGUCAGCAAAAGUGUCUUUAUACUUUGUUGUUUUUUUUUGUAAGCUUAUUAUUUGAGAUUGGUUAACUAUUUUUAAAAAAUGUUAUGGAAAUAUAUUUCUAUGAAAAUCUUCAAAACUUUAUUUUAUAUUUUUAAAGAAAGUGUAAUGAAGUUCUUUUUUUAUUAUUAUUUUAUGAACCAAAUUAAUUUUUUUCUUAGUUGUAUAAUUUUAAACUAUUAUCUAGAUAUUCUUUAAGGCAAUUCUGUACCAUUGAAAAAUCUAAAUUCUUAUGAAAAUGAUUAGUACUUGUGAAAUGAUCUUGUAUAUAAGAAUAAAUGUAACCUUUUAAACUUCAUUUAAGAUACAUCAUCAAGAUAAAAAAUAUGAAUAUUAGAAAACCACAAAAUAAAAUCCAUUAAAGAAAGAUUGAGAAUCCCCCAACUUAUAGAAAAAUACAGUUUUCCACCUUUUUGGGGGGUAUUUUUUUUAACUUAGGGGGCGUUUUUGCUAUUUUGGGGGGCGCUGGGAGUCAAAGGGGCAGUAGGGGGGGCGCUGGGCACAAAAGGGGGCGCUUGGUAUAAAGGGAGAAAGAGGAAACUCAAAGUGCACUUCAUCAUCACUCCUUUGAGUUCCUCGUGAAACAGGGCCUCGACAAAAACACGCUUCUUCAAGUACACUGCUUUGCCAUGUUCUUUUUGGUCUUCCUCUGCGUCUUGUUCCCUGGGGUUUCCACUCUAAGGCCUGCCUAGCUCUGUUGCUGGUAUCUUUUCUAACGGUGUGACCAAUCCAUCUCCACUUCCUCUCUAAGAUCUGCACUUCUUAUAUUUUUCUGUCCACUCAUCUCCCACAGUUUGGUGUUUUCUACUUUGUCAUACCAGUGUAUUUUUAGGAUAUUUCUCAGGCAUCUGUUGAUGAAGGUCUGUAUUUUUUUUUUGUUGUGGCUUCGGUUGUUCUCCAUGUUUCAGAACCAUACAGUAGGACAGCCUUGACAUUAGAGUUAAAGAUUCUUAGUUUAGUCUUGUUUGAGAUGUAAGGAGAUUUCCAGGUUGGUUUUAGCUGUGUAAAUGUCUGACGCGCUAGAUUUAUACGGGCGUUUAAUGUCUUCAUCUGUUCCACCUGAUAUACUGACUACACUCCCAAGGUAUAUACAAUUUUCUACUUGGUCUAUUGUCUGAGAAUCCAGUACUAUGUCUCCAAUUUGUUUAUUGUUCACUUUGAGUACUUUAGUUUUUUGGUGGUUUAUUUUGAGGCCUACUCUUUUUCCUACUUCGCUUAAAGCUGUGACCUUUUCUUGCAUAUCCUGUAGUCUGUGUGAUAAUAGGGCUAUGUCAUCAGCGAAUUCCAGAUCUUCCAGCUUUUGUGUGAGAGUCCAUUGGAUUCCUUUCCCUGAAUUUGAGUAGGCUUCCUUUGUGACCAAAUCCAAUACUAGAAGGAACAGGAGUGGUGAAAGAAGACAUCCCUGUUUGACUCCUGUUGUUACUGGAAAUUCCUCUGACAGCUUGCCACAGUGGGUUACUUGGCAGGUGAAACCAUCAUUAAGGUUCUUGAUUAUGGUUAUUAUUUUAUUGGGGAUCCCAUAAUGUCUCAUUACAGUCCAGAUAGAUUCUCUGUCGACACUAUCAAAAGCUUUUUCAAAGUCGACAAAAGUUCUACAAUUAUUCUGAGUGUAGCUAUUUGGUCAGCACAAGAUCUCCCUUUUCUGAAUCCGGCCUGUUCUUCUCUUAGGUGUUCAUCACAUGCUCCCUUUAUUCUGUUUAGUAGGAUUCUGCUGAAAAUCUUGCUUGGUACUGACAACAAAGUGAUGCCUUGCCAUUUCUCACAUUGUGAUAGAUCUCCACUCUUUGGUAUUUUUAUUAGCAAGCCCUUUUCCACUCACCCGGAGGUGUUUCUGUUAACCAAAUUUUGUUGAAUAGUUUGUGCAGUUGGUCAACUAUUUCCCUUCCUCCUUCUUUUAGGACUUCGGGUGGUAUGUUGUCAAUUCCAGCAGCUUUACCUGUCUUCAUUUGUUUGAGUGCAUUCCUUAUUUUUUCUUUUAUUUCUUCCAUGUUUAUGUCUAGUGUUGGUCCUACAUUUAGAUCUGGUGGAUAUCGUGGUUUAGGUCUAUUGAGCACUUCUUGAAAAUAUUCUUUCCAUCUUUCAAGUUGUUCAUUUAUUGAAGAAAGUAGUUUUCCAUAUUUGUCUCGGACUGGAACAUUGCAAUUAGCCUUUUUGGUACUGAGAAGUUUGGUGAUUUUGUACAGUUGUUUUAUAUCUCCUUUACCUGCUGCUUCUUCUGCCUGUGCCAGAUUAUUGUAAAAUGAUCGUUUGUCUUGUCUAAGCAUUUUGGUGACUUUUUGUGAAACUGCUUGGUAGUCUUGUUUUGAUUGUUGCUUGUGGUUUCUUGUUUUUGCUAGGUUAACUGCCUGUUUAGC